AUGUAUUUUAGUCUUUUUCUAUUAGUAUUAUCAUUUAAUCACAUAAACUUUGCUAGUUCCGACAAGGGGAAUUCUACUGAGGAUGAAGAAUGUUCUUUGUGUAACCUUUCUUUUUUUCGUCGAAAACGUGCACUGCCUGAAUACACACGGUGGCGUGCAACGACCCAAGAAUUCAUUGUGAAAGUUUUAGAGGAUGAUGUUACAAUGCCGCAGACAAAACAAAUCGUAGCGGUCAACAUUAAACCCAAUAGAAAAAUAGAAGAAAAGAUAAUAGUUGGUGCUACACUUUUAUCUACAGCAGUACCAAUCACAACCCCCUUAUCUGACGAAUACACACGUUUUGUACCUCCCACAACAUUAAAAGUCAGUCGAUAUGAAGAUAUGGUCUACGCUCCUGCAACAACAGGUGGUAUUCCUCCAAUUAAACCUAAAAGUAAAGUUAGGAAAGGUGAACAACAUAUUGGUCCAAUUAUAAAAUUUACUGGAGAUCGACAUGGACUUCGAGAUGAGAGCCCUCCCUCUGGUCCAAAAUUUAUUCCUAGAACCAACACUGAAUAUCUUUCGCAAUAUGCACCUAUUGCUCCAAUGGUGUUCCCUCAAAAGACUACAUUUGGUCCUCUAACUCCACGUACUGUUGAAAAAUUCGUAAUAUAUAAGACUUCUGUUCGACCUUCACGUACAUCGCAAUUGUUGGACUAUAUAACACCAGCGAGAACCCCGGAUUUUCUCAAUAUAUUAGGUUUGGUUGACAACAACCGGAAACCUUUUGCAUUUUCACCUACGCGUACAUCGAUAUUUCCAAAUGAUACAUCUACUGCUAUGAUUACUUUUAUAGACGAAAAUGAUGACUUAGUCCAAACCAAAUCUAACGUAGAUGACACAUAUAGAAGAAUAUAUGAGGAAAAGAAAACUACAGAAAAAGAUACGGAUGAGUUCUACAAUAAUUUAAUGAUGUAUGAUGAUGAUACCGAUGUCACAACUAAAAAAGUUUAUCCUGGAUUUUCUGACGCUUACGAAGACGGCUCUGAAAAAAGUAAAGAAACGGAUACUACAGAUACCACUAUCAGUCUUUCUUCUGAUUUAGAAGAAUACGAUAAUACAACAGAAAAAAUGGAUUAUCAUGACGAAGAUGACGUACAAAAAGGAACUACAACAGGCACAUUGACACCAAGAAAUACUGAAGAAGUGACAUUAAAAGCGACAACUUUUGCAAAAGAAGUGAAAAAUAAUACAAAAAGAGUUUGUAGUCUUUUAAAACUGCGACACCUAUCAUUCAGUUCACCACGCACACUUUAUGAGAUAACAACUCAAUUAAAGCAAUGGGCGGAAGAGAGUCCUGUUGCAAAAUGGGUUGAUAUAACAAAUGGAAAUUAUACUGUAAUGGAAAAUCCCAUUUAUAUGAUGAUCGUGGACGAUCCUAGUAGUGGACAAAUUAUGUCAGCGAAACAAACUGUCAUGAUUGUUGCGGGUAUUCAAGGGAGAGACCACCACGCGGUAGCAGCAGCUAUGUAUGUGUUAUAUCAAUUAAUAGAGCGUACUGACGCUCACUCAGAUCUCCUAGUAAAGUAUCGAUUCUGGAUAAUUCCAGUAUUUAAUCCAGAUGGAUACGACUACUCGAUGACGUUUCCCCGUCGACGGGAAUGGACAAAAAAUCUACGCCAGACAUGGGACUCGUGCAAGGGCCGUGAUUCUUGCGAAGCGUGUGAGUUGUACGGGGUCAUGUGUACUAUUCAGUCCUGCUAUGGCGUGAACCUUGAUAGAAAUUUCGAAUAUCAGUGGAUCCCACCAGAGGAGCUACGUUCAGAACAUCCAUGUGGUCCAUUAUACGCGGGUUCUAGACAGCUUAGUGAAGCCGAAACUCGCGCGCUAACUCACUUCCUCCAUGAACAGAAAACUCCACUUUACACCUUUAUAGCUUUCAAGGAAGGGGAUGUUCUGGGUAUAAUGUAUCCAUAUUCUCACACACGCAAAAGAAGAGCAUUCGAUCAUGUUUACAGACAGCGGGCGUCAAUUGCAGCAUCUGCUGCCUUCAGUAUUAGUGGUCGCCCUUAUGCUGCAGGACAAACAUCUGAAUUUUUACCGCUUUAUGCUGGUGGUAUAGAAGAUUGGGUUGAUGGCCACUUAGGUAUAGACAAUACCUAUACAAUCAUGAUGUUUCGACCCAGCGACUCGUAUAAUUCGAAGAUUUUAACUGAGCGCGUCGUUCAUGAAGGAUUUGCAGCUGUAGAUACUCUUUUGCUUCAGAGCACUGGACCCUUGGGACCUCCACCAGUCACAUUAAGUCGGUCAAAGGCAGUUGAAUUGCAACCUACAACAAAAACAUUUCUUAUUUUAUGUAUACAUUUCGUAAAUUUUUUGUGUAAAAGUUAG